AUGAGUGAGCGUCGCGGCAAAAGACCUCCCACGCAAAUUGACCUGCAAGAUGCUCUUGCGCGAGCUACCCCGGAAACAGAUCCUCGAAUCGAGGGCCCCAACAGCGGGUCGCUUGAUAACCGCUUCCCACUCAAGCGGCUUAAAAAGAAAGAUCAAGAUGCAUCCAUGCCCAUUGGAGUUCAUCAGCAGUCCACAAAAAGUGACGCCGGUUUGAAAGCGGCAGCACCCCGGGCGCCCAAGUCGUCAUGGCAGACCUACGAGAAACUAUUUGACCUUCAACUCGGAGACAAUGACUACUUUACUGUAGCAGAAAAAAAGGUCCCCGACGUUGAAAGCAAUUCUGUGGUGAUCCUCAAGACUUUUACGGGCACAAAGGCAGAAAGCCAUGUGCAGGCGAUACGGGGAAUCCAGCACAACCGCUUUGUCAACGCUCACCUCUUUUUUGCCAUAGAUGAUGGAUACCUCGUUUCCUUCGAGUUCAUGCCUAUGGCACUGUGCGAAGUUGCAGGUAAUCCUCUUCUGAAUGACCUGCGACUGGCAUCGAUAUUAGGACAGGUGAGCUGUGUUCAAACGCGUAUAUGUGUCGCCGUCUAA